AUGGUCGACGAGGGACGAAUGAGUUUCACCGCCGGCGACGAGCUUCAGAAGAUGAUUCUGCCCGAAGAUGACGAUUUUGCCUCUGACAACUUUGCUGGAUGUCCUCGUAUUCUCCAAUUUCGAUGCCAUCGCCAUCAUCUUCUAGACUCGCAGCUGUCAUCGUCGUCUUCUCCAGUUUCGGUGCCAUCGCCGUUGUCUUCUGGACUCAACAUCUCGCUUGCUUUCUCUCGCUUCUACAGUGACAAAGGUAGAGUUCUCAGUGAAGAGGAGCAGGCCAAAGAGAACGUCUACAUCAAGUUUGAAGACUUCGCGAAUCAUAAUGCAUUCGAUUUGCUUGAAAAAUACAGUUCAUCUCAUCUUGUUUUCAAUGAUGAUAUUCAGGGUACAACAUCUAUGGUAUUAGAAGGAUUGCUUGCUUCCUUAAAAUUAGUUAGGGGAUCCUUAGCUGACCAUACCUUCUUACUUUUGGGUGCUAGAGAGGCUGGAACUGGUAUUGCAGAGUUGAUAGCACGUGAGAUAUCAAAACAGACAAAAGCUCCAGUGGAAGAAACCUGCAAGAAGAUUUGGCUUGUCGACUCUAUUCCCUAAUCCAAAUUUGUUCAAGCAGCUCUUGAUUCAUUAGAGAGAAUGAGGGAGGAAAGUAAAAAGCAUACCAAUUUUUGACGUGGUGCCCUUGAAAGAUGCUCGAGUUAUACCAAAGUGUACAAGCUGAGAUAGAUACAGUUGCUUGGUCUAAGUAGAUA